CCUGAUGGCACGGUGUUGACCGGAAACUAGUGGGACUGGGGUAAAGGUUGCCUUACGUCACAACGCGGCGGGGUCUUCUUCACUCUUUACCUUUACCCGUGUUCCGAAGUUUGUAAGGAAAGGUUUCUGUCAUUCCAAUAGCAAAGAAAACACAAGUCUUCGUCAUGUUGCAGAACACAGGGGCCCUCGCGGGUCGGACGCUCUUCGUGACCGGCGCCAGCCGCGGUAUCGGUCGAGCUAUCGCUCUGAAGGCAGCGCGCGACGGAGCUAAUGUGGUGGUGGCCGCAAAGACGGCUGAGGCCCACCCCAAGCUGCCAGGAACCAUCUACACUGCAGCCAGAGAGAUCGAGGAGGCUGGAGGCAAGGCGCUGGCCUGUGUGGUGGACGUCCGGGAUGAGGAGCAGAUCCGCUCAGCUGUGGAGCAGGCGGUCGCCAAGUUCGGAGGUAUUGAUAUUUUGGUGAACAACGCCAGUGCUAUUAAUCUGACGGGAACUCUUGGGACGUCCAUGAAGAAGGUUGACCUGAUGCUGGCUGUCAACCUGCGGGGAACUUACCUCACCUCUAAGCUGUGCAUUCCUCACCUGUUGAAGAGCUCUAACCCUCACAUCCUGAACCUGUCUCCGCCUCUCAACCUCAACCCCAUUUGGUUCAAGAACCAUACAGCCUACACCAUGGCUAAGUAUGGGAUGUCGAUGUGUGUCCUUGGGAUGGCUGAGGAGUUCAGAGGGCAGAUCAGCGUCAACGCCCUCUGGCCCAAGACUGCCAUCCAGACGGCGGCUAUGGAUAUGCUAGGUGGUGAAGGUAUCGAGCGGCAGUGCCGUAAGGCUGAUAUCAUGGCGGACGCAGCCUACUCUGUGUUUUCCCGCCCCCUGGGCGGCCCCGCCCACACCACGGGUCACUUCCUGAUUGACGAGGAUAUCCUGCGAGAGGCGGGGCUUGGUGACAUGGAGGUCUAUGCUGUGGAGCCAGGUCACCCCCUCAUGCCUGACUUCUUCCUCGAUGUGGAGACUGAUGUAGACACGCCCUCCUCCAAAGCCCUACCCUCUUCCACGAAGACCAGCAACCCUAUUGAAGAAACGUUUGCUCUGAUCCGGACAGUCCUCAGCCAGGACCUGGUCCAAUCAACCAAGGGCGUCUAUCAGUUCGACCUAUCAGGCGAGCACACAGGCAGCUGGUUCGUGGAUCUGAAGCAGGGGGCGGGGCUAGCCGGGCAGGGCCUCCCCCCCUCCCCUCCUGAUGUUGUGAUGAGCAUGGACUCCGCCCUCUUCAGUCGAAUGUUCCGCGGGGAGCUGAAGCCCACGAUGGCCUUCAUGACCGGGAAGCUGCGUAUCCAUGGCGACAUGACGCUGGCUAUCAAGCUGGAGAAGAUGAUGGCGGCCAUGAGCAAAUCCAAGCUGUAGCGCACGUUGCCAGGAACACCAGUUUGUCUGCAGAUGAUCCAUCAAGAUUUAAUUUGAAUAAUAUAACAAACUUAAUUUUGCUGCGGUUACCAUGUUGCCUAUAAAGUCAUGUAGGCUAUGGGAGAACCUUCCUUUAGGAUCUACACCCAAGGUCUUUGAGUUGGAAAAUUGAACAGCUAAAAUACAUUACAUGGAAGUACUGUAAUCUGCUAGACUAAUGCUGAUACCUUGAAAUAUGUUGAUAUGUUUGUAAAUGGUUUGGAAUGUAUUGAAGAUGUAUUAUAGAUGUUUCUGAGACUUUGUUAAAGCCUUACCCUUAUUGUGAUGGUUAGCUUGGCGCUAGUACAACUGCAGAAACAUUUUCUACAUUUUGAUAUUUAAUAAAAGAAAGAGUUAACCUGUGAA